CUGACAAACCGACUUGAAUCAGAAACCAGACAGACUUGCUUGAAGUGUUGAUCGAAUUGGCAUUGGCGUGCCGAGGUUGCAUUGGCGUGCCGAGAGCUGCGGCUCUGCGCUUUGAAUUUUGGAUUGAACUGGUCGCAACGCCACUGAGGAAUCCUACUUUAGGGGCUCGGCAUUAUUCGCCGUGCGGAAAGAAGAGGGGGCUCUUGCCAAGAGAAAAGAUUCUGGUUGAGCUAAGCAGGGGCUCACAGAUAGCACGUCGGCAUGCUUGGAAAUUGGGCAUGCUUGGAUAGGUGUAGGAUAGGUGUAGCGGUAUCCUGACACCACCUCGUUCGAGUGCAAGUUUUGAAAGCACAUAGUCCGCAGAGGCUAUUUGGGAUGUUCUUGGUCAUGAACAUCUGACACAGGAAUUGGGACUGCUAAAAGUCGUGCUCUUGUUUUAGCAGCCAUGGCCGCAGACUUCUGGGCGUCCUAUCAGAGCAAGCAGCUGCUGAGUGUGGAGGAGGUGAGCCGUGUGGCGGAGGAGGACCUCGAGCUUGGGCUCACUUUGCAGGACACGCGCCUCAUCAAGAUCGCCAUGACCACCUACAUGAGGGACCUUGCGCAGCAGGCCAAGCUCAGGCAGCGGGUGGUUGCGACGGCAGUCUGCUACAUGCGCAGGAUGUACGUCAGCAAGAGUCUGUGCGAGUACGACCCUCGCUUGGUCGCCCCCGCGUGCCUCUACCUGGCCAGCAAGGCGGAGGAGAGCGUUGCGCAGGCCAAGCUGCUCGUCUUUUACGCCAAGAAACUUAAGCCCGGCCCCGAGAACGGUGCGUACCAGUUGGAGGUGAAGGACCUGCUGGACAUGGAGCUGCGCGUGCUGGAGGCGCUCGACUUCCGCCUCGUCGUCUACCACCCCUACCGCGCAGCAGUGCAGUACCUGAACGACGCCAAGCUGACUGACGUCAUGCAGACCACGUGGUCGCUGCUGAACGACGUGUACCGCACGGACCUGCCGCUGCUGCACCCGCCCCACGUGGUGGCGCUGGGGUGCAUCCACCUGGCGGCCUUCCUCAAGGACCGCGACGCCAAGCCAUGGCUCGAGGACCUCAAGGCAGACAUGCACGCCGUGCGUGCAGUGCAGAUGGAGUUGCUGGACCAUUACGAGCAGUACGCCAACAUCGACCCCGCACUCACCGCUGCAGCCAUGGCCAAACUGCCCAUACGCACGCGUGCAGCAAGGACGUGAAACACCAGCACGUGUAUGCUCGCACUUUGCUAGAUAUUGCCUUGGCUAACAAACUGGCACUAAAUGUCUGGGCCUUCGACCGUGCAAGGCCGGCCAUUGAAGUGCUUGGAUUCUGCAAAAAAGACCGAAGCUGGGAGAGAUUGUUUUGUCGCGGAAAUUCAUUGUACAUAGACAUUGAGGUCUGGCGGGCAACGCUUGGCUACAGUAAUCAUGAGUUAGUCGAAGAGUUGAAGGCGGCUGGGCCGCAAUGAUCGUCGUUUGAGUUAGCAGGUUUCCCGUCCAUUCGGACUUGGACCCACGGUGUAGUCAUGGACCGUCGGUCGGACGGUGAGCCACAUGCAGCCUGUGCAGCGCUGCUCAUGGCACGCGUGCCUACGCGCCGCAAAUUUGCAGAACAGCGCGAACUUCGGAAGUACCGUACGGCUGCCGGCCGGGGGCUUGCUUAUAAGCUAUAGUAUUAACCAUAUGAUUGAUCCAGUGACAGCAUUAGUAUGUGUACGCAGCGUAUUGUAAUUUAACUAACUAAGUUAAGCAAGUGCAUGACCAGAU